AAGAUGGCUGACACCGGGACAGCGGCCGAGGAUUGAGAGCGGGGGAGGGUACAAACCGAUACAAAUAUCGGGGGUUGUGAGGGCAUACUUUCAACUUUUGAAGGGUGCAGAUAUUACUUAAUGAAUUCGGCUUAUAGUCUGUGACUGCCCGGUAAGACUGAAUAAAAGAAAUGCAUUGAUUCAGCCCGGCCCCACUGCUUUCUCUGAACUAGCGAGUUAGCUUGCAGGCUAGCUUGCCAGCGAGUUGUGAGAAGCAAUCUGCUAGCUUAGCUACGUAUUUUAAAACUAUGGUUUAAUUUACUGGAAUAUGUGUUAACUAUACAAAAUGAUAUAUGUGUAACAUGCGUCCAUUGCCCGUUAUUGAACACAAAUCGGAAGUACAGUAGCUACCAUUUAGCAAGAAUAUUUGGCUGAAGGGAGUGUGACUGUCAAAAAGUGGUCGCUAGCUUGCUUCACCUUUCCCGGCCCUACCUACCCUAUUAACUCUAGCUAGCUAUUUAGCCGCCUGGGAGCAUGACCGUCAUUAAAUACAUGUUGAAGGUAUAAUCUGGAUUUGUCAGUAUCGGAGAUGGAUUCCAAGAAUUUCCGGCAGUAUCAUUGAUUGUAGCUAAGUGACUUCCACCGCCGGACACAAGACUGCGCUCCAACAAAACAUGUGUACUGCGCCGUGUCUCAGUCUCGACUGGCUCCAUGUACCAUGCUGUGGGUGCCCGCUGGACUCGGCCCCCUAACCCGCGGCGCAGCCAGCUUUUUCCUCGCGCGCCCCGCCGUCCCCUCCUGAAGCCCUCCACGGCAUGUACGCCACCCGCUUCUACGGCGGCGGCGGCGGAGGGAAGCCGGGCCGGCGGGCGGGGAUGGUGGGGACGGGGCUGCCGGUGCUGGAGAACCACCACCAGCACCAGCACCAGCACCAGCACCACCACGGCCUGCCCCCUCACCCGCACGCCCCCCCUCCGCAGAACUACCCGCCGCUCUACCAGGGCCGGCUGGACGGCCACCGGCCCCACUUCCAGGGCCACCAGCACCACUUCCACCCGCACCCGCAGCCCCACCCGGCCCCGUCGCACUGCCACCCCCACGCCGGCCUGUACCAGAGCCGGAAGAAGACCUGGAACUUCAUCCACGAGAAGAUGAGCUACGACACCUUCUUCACCAUGAAGAGGCUGAUCGAGCGCUCGCACGGCGUGGAUGAGGUGCUCCGCUGGGUCACCCAGAACCCCGGCAAGAUCUCCUACAACCACUACCCCAUCGCCCUGCAGAAGAUCGGCCAGCUCCUGCAGGCCCAACAGACCGCCGGGGCGGCCACCUCCGGGGCCGGGGCCGGGGGGAACGGCGGCGGGACCCCGUCGGAGGGGGCCCUGGCUUCGCCCACCGCGGUGACGGGCUCCGGAGAGGGCCACUACCGGCAGAUCUCGGAGCAGCAGGACUUCCAGACCCUGUGCAACGCGAUAGUCAAUGACUGCGGCAAGUUCGACAACUUCAGCAUCGUCAACUGCCUGUACGCUGUGGCAGCUCUCGGCCUCCCCAGCGACUCCCAGGUGGUCCAGGUGCUGGAGGAGGAGUCCCGGAGCCGCCUGUCCCAGUUCAACCAGAAGGACAUCUCCAUGGUGUUCAGCAGCAGCAUGAAGCUGCACCCGUCCAGCGAGCACCCGCUGAUCGAGUCGUGCCUGUCGGGCCUGGAGAGGAACGUGGAGCGGGAGCGGCACCCGCAGACGCUCUUCCUGCUGCUCUCCUACUACCGGCUCAAGUGGCGCUCGCUGCAGGCCGAGGGCCCCUCGCCCGAGCAGCUGCUGACCAACCGCAAGAUCCUGCGGCUGGUCAAGCACACGGUCAGCAGCGUGAGCAGCGUGCGCGACCACGAGAUGGCGCUGCUGGACGAGAUGCUGUCGGCGUGCGCCUGCGAGGCCAGCAACAAGUCGCUGGAGCUCAUCUUCAGCUCGCACCUCUUCUACCAGAACCGCCAGGAGAAGUUCAUCGUCAGCCUCGCCGAGGAGCUGCCGAAAAAGGUGGACAGCAUCACGCCGUACACGAUGGCCCUCAUCGCCAAGUACAUCGCCCGGCACCGCCUACGCCAGACACGGCUCCUGGACACCAUCGCCGAGUUCCUCGUCAAGAAGGGCGAGUACCUGGACAGCAAGGUGAUCCAGAAGCUGGUGUUCCCCUUCAGCCGGAUGAACUACCUGCCGUCCAACGAGGUGCAGUUCUUCUCCAAGCUGGAGGCGGUGCUGGAGCUGAAGGCGCUCAACUCUCCUCUGGCCACCGUCAACAUCCUCAUGUCCCUGUUUCAGCUGGGGCGCUUCCCCGGCCUGGUGCUGCACCGCGUCUUCUCCACCUCCUUCAUCAGCUGCGUCACCAACAGCCCCUACGCGCUGAUCGUGCGGCGGUACCUGUCCCUGCUGGACGCGGCCGUGGAGCUGGAGUACCAGGACUACACGGGGCCCCGCCUGCAGGACACGCACAAAGUGCUGAUGUUCGAGCACGCGCUGACCGCCGACGAGGUCAACCGCAAGUACAGCUAUAAGGGUCUGGUGGCAGAGGCCCUGCGGCAGUUGGUGGGGGAGCACGGCUACAAGCAGGACGAGGUGCUGGCCCCCGGCUACUACACAGACUUCCUGCUGUGGAUCGACAGCUCGGGGAGCGUGCUGCCAAUCAAGGCGGGGGGCGGGGCUAGUUUGGGGGUGGGCUCGCCGGCCUGCGUCCCGGGCAUGGGCGCCGGCGUGGUGCCCAAAUCCCCCGACGGGCAGGCGGCCGUCUCCGCCCUCACCGCCGACUUCCAGAAGUUCUCCCCGUUCGUCCAGCUGGAGGAGGGGGGCGAGGGCAGGCCCGGGGAGGAGCUGGGGGCCCCCGAAUCGCCCUUCCUGCCCCACCACAUCCGGCCCCAGGUCCCGCCCGGCCCCCCGCCCCCGAGAGGUGGCCCCAACGGGGGCGGCCCGCUCGACUACAGCCCCUACUACAGCCCCUCCACGGAUUACUACGCCAGCCUGGCCAAGGAGCAGUCUCUGGAGAGCCAGGACAGCUCCACCCUGAGCAGCCCGUCUGACUGCCUGGCCCAGGGCGGGGCUCAGGGCCCGGGGGGCGGGGCUGGGGCAGAGUCCCUCUUCCAGUUCUCCAUCGGGAAGAUCCUGGAGGACGAGGGCGGGGCGCCGGGACAGGCCCAGGGACCCGACUGCGAUCUGCCCGCCUUCUACGAAGGGGUCCCGUACCCGGAGGGAGGAGAGGGGGGCGUGGGGCCCGCCUCCCCGCUGCAGCUGCACCCGGCAGGGUGCCCCGAGGCAGACCGGGGCCCCGGGGAGCACCACCAGGUCAAGAGAGUGAUCCUGUCAGUCAAUGACAAGUGGCACUACUGCCACAACUCUGACGUGCUGGUGGGGUCCCGGGCCAUGAGAGACCGGCACCUGCAGCUGCUGGGAUAUGUCAUCCUCCAGCUGCCGUACCUGGAGCUGGAGAAGCUGAGCGGGAUCGAGGAGGUGAAGCAGUACCUCCACAAGAAGCUGCUGGAGGUGCCCUUAUGACGGCGGCGGGGCGGGAUGUGUGUGCCGGGGUGGGGCGGGGCGGAUUUGGGGGCCCGCGCUCCUCCUCUGGCCCGGCACACCUUCAGUAAUAACC